UGGGAGGGCCUCAGUCUGCUUUCCGGCUGCUCUGACCCAGAAAGCUGCUCUGACCCAGCAAGCAGGAGGAAGAGGAGGCCAGGCGUCCUGAACUAGCUGCAGGGACCCCUCUAGGCUGGUGGAGCCCAGCUCCAACGGUGGCCAAGCAAGAACCUAAGCCUGGAUCCACCCACCCAUUCCCAAACACGUAUGCACGUUUCCUGGCAGGGCCCCACCCAGAAUAGAUCUCAGCCCCAGAUCCUUCCUUAGUCAGGAAGUUGGAGGUUAGGGGAUCGAAGCCCACACAUCUGUCUACUCUCCCCUGCAGAGGCAUGUUUAUCACAGUGAUGUUUGGAGGUAAGCGGGAUCCCCUGUCCUGAGACAGGUAGGGGGAGAGUACAUUCAGAGGCUUGCUUUCCUCUGCCCUAGGGGAGGGUGGGGAGGCAGUGUGAGGAAGGGGGGUGCACUUGGGUAAGGGGAUGGGGGGUUUAGGGAAACAGCUCUAUGAGAAGACAGAGCAAAUGCUUGGAGUCCCUUGAGGGGAAACGCUGGUGGCUGGGUUGUGGGAAAUUCCAGUGGGCUCCUCUAGGAGAACACCCACCACACCACCACAGGGCAUGUUGUUAAAUUACACAGUCUCUAAUUCAGUCAGUUGUCUUCAAGCUUCAGGGAACAUUAGGCACCUAAAGCUCUAGCCACACUUAAAGAUUUCCGGACUUCUGGUGGCAGGUGGGGCUGGGGUAGGAGAAUGGGGGGGUCUGGUGCUGGAGAGAAGUCCCGUGUAGAGGCGGUGCUGGAGUGGGAGGGGGGAACCCAAUGCAGGAGGCAUGAGCUAUGUGCCCUGGUCACUGACAUCUCAGAAGAUGGGUGGAGGAGGGUACAGUCUUAAUCUUGGAGACCUGUUCCCUCCUCAGGUUACAGAAGAGAUGAAAGCGAGACAGAUGGUCCCAGACUGGGAGAAGCAGAGGGUCCCAUUCACUCACCUCUGCCCUGUCCCUACAGCUGGCUGCUGGGAGCUGGUGAACACUUGGUGCAGCCUGGUGACACUCACUGCCCACUUGAGGCAGAGGGGGCAGGUGCCCCCAGAUGAGGGGGAGGAUGGGGCGCCCACCCGCUACGAGUCCUUACUGGAGAACCUGGAUGACCAGUGUCCAGAGCUCGCAGGUGAGUCUCACGCUACAGCCCCAGGGGGAGGGUGUGCCUUCUCCCCAGCUCCCAUAGGUAGGGCUUCUUGGGCCUUCCAGAGGAGCUUCGCUGCCUGUCAGGCCUACAACCCACAAGUGAUGGCCGGAGGAGGCGCACGAGCACUCGGCGUGACCACCAGGAGCAAGGCCCCCUUUCAAAGCCACGAAGGAAGGGCUCCCUGCCAUCCAGGACCCGUUAGCUGGGGCCAGGAGCCAGAAUCUGGAAUUACUGAGAAGCUGCCAUCAGCAAGAGGGGCAAGGUCACAGACCGGACGUGAGGCCACCAAGGGGGGGCCCCUAAGACGUGGGUGCAGAGAAGGGGAUCCAAAGGUGUGGGGGCAAGCAACCCUGACAGGGGGAGACAACAGGUUUAUCCAGGGAUUCCAGCACCUAGAGUCAGGUGCCCUUGGGGUCCCUGCUAACGACUCAUCCCUAUUUGGAUUGUCAAGGUCAUCAAAUUACAACAGGGCUCCUCCCCCUCCCACACCCAGGAUGCUGGCAUAAAGUGAAACAUUCCACCCCUCCGUUGGACAUCCAUCCAUGCCCCCUGACCCCACCCCAGCAGAUAAACUAAAUGAGAGGGCACACAGCAGGCUAUGGUCUAAAAUAAACUCUUUUAAUUGCA